AUGUCGGGUACUCCUCAACCUGUCAACAAUUCUCUUUCGCUGGUCCACGGUCGAUACUUUUCCCGCUUCGGCUUGGAAAACAACAUCCACUGCGUUCCUGUGGACGAGAGACAGGAGAGGAGAUACGAUGAGAUCAAUGACGUCCUCCGACAACUUCUCGGUCGCACCGUGCUCCCUCCUGAUUUGCACCUAGACAGCGUUGAAGACCCGGAAGUACUGGAAUGUGGUUUCGGAAAGGGAGCAUGGAUAGACGAUCUGCUCAAGGAGAAUGAUCAGCUCGAAAUCGAGGUCAUUGGCGUCGACAUCUUCACCGGAAAGGGGAACAAUGGCGACGAUAGCGAAAGCCCGGAGGAAAGCGGCAGCGAAGAGGAGGGAAUAGAGGAAUACAUCAAAACGAGGUUCAACAUGAAUGCUCCAUUCCGAGAGGAGAGGUCGGGAUCCUUGCGUCCAGAAAAGUUUCACCUUGUCAACAGCCGGCUGCUUAUAGAUGGGAUCAAUGCCAGUCGUUGGCCAGCAUUUGUCAAAGAUCUUAAAGCUGUGCUAUGUCCCGGUGGCUGGCUGCAGAUGGUCGAGUUCCAUCCGCUCGUUCAAUCCUUCUCUGGUCGGGAUGCUCCUUUUCUCGAUCGUUGGUCCCAGACAUAUAUGCGCACUUUGGAGCAGAUGGGAAAGGAACCGCGUUGCGGGCCGCGUCUAAAUCAGUAUAUGCGUGACGCAGGAUUCGAGCACAUUCAUUCGCAUGCUGAAGUUCUGCCCAUUGGACCUUGGAAAGAAGGACGAGCAAGUCUAGGGAACGAUUGUCUCGCAGUCAUCAAAGAUAUGAUUGGCUCUGUUUCCCUGUGGGGUCUCUUACAAGUCGCCGGAAUGUCGAGCGAUGAAUACCGGGCCUUGAUAGCCGGAGCGCAAGCCGAACUCUUAAAACGAGAGUUGAAGCUGUACUUCAACGUGUACGUCUCUUACGGGCAGAGGCCAGGAUCGUCACGCCGUCGCUAG